AUGGCGGAAGAGCACCGACAUAGGGGACAACCUAGAAACGACCAGCACGAAUCUCAGUACCCCCCUCUGCCAGGUGAAGAAGAAGAUCGUGCCCGAGGACUUCCGCAUCACCCACGACCAGCAAUGGCAGCCGGAGCAGUCACUCUUCCCUCCAUCCAGGACCCCAGCGGCCCGUACGGCCAGCCGCCGGCAAGGGUCUGGGAUUCGCGCUCUGCAUCUUCGGCUUAUGGGGCAUCUCCAAGCUCUGCCAACGGAUAUCCUCCGCCUGGCAACGCAGCGCCACCGUCAAGUCACUCAAAUUACUCUCCCCCUCAUCAGAGCUCGUAUCCGCCUCCCCCUUCGUCGUACUUACCCCCAGUACAGCCUCAUCCGACUGACGCGAGGGGUUCUUAUCCUCCACCUCCCCCUCCUCAGGCGGGCCGCAUGCCGCCCUCCAUCUAUGGGACUCCGCCGCAAGCACAUCAUAGCAUGAUGCAGCAGCAGAGCCCCUAUUCCCGGGACAGCUACGGCUACCCAUAUGGCGCAGAUCGUGGAUAUCCUGGAGAUUAUGGUCAGGGUGGCCCAGGACAGGCUGCCAUGCACCAUCCCCAGCAGGCUGCGCCGCGUCAGAGAACCUCGAUAGCCUGCCGCUACUGUCGAAGGCGCAAGAUACGAUGUAGCGGCUAUCAGAACUCCCCUGGAGGCAAGUGCUCGAACUGCAUGAAGAUGAAUCAGGAAUGCGUUUUUCAGCCCGUCUCAUCGUCCGCAUCCACUGCUUUUGUGCCAGUGUCUGCCUUGCAGAACAUUCCAGCUGGCACGCAACUUUACGGUGCAUAUGGACAGCCUCUGCAUGGAAGCGGUGCACCACCAUAUCCACCUCCCGGCCAAUAUGACCAGCCUUUACCGUCGCCUACAGGUUCUUUCGGUGGCUAUCCCGACGACAGAGCUGAUGCCAGCCGAAGGCGUCAGAGACCCCCGGAGGAAGACCACGCCGUGCGCUUGCCUCCUCCCACUACUUUCCCAGAUGACAACAUUCGAAGACGAUCACCAUCAUCUAGCAGCAGUCCUAAUCAUUUGGCUCCAUAUGGGCCACUAUCGACUCAGCCUCCGCAACCAGGCUAUGAUGGCAGAACACCUCCGCAACCAGUCUAUGAUGGCAGGACACCUCCGCAACCACUCUACGACGGCAGAACACCUCCGCCUCGGGGCAGUCCAUUAGGAGCAGCAGUGCCACCUCCACCACCUGCUACAGGACCACCUCCGACAACAAGCGGAACAUCUUCAAAUUCAGUCAUGAGUCUUGGUAGUAUCAUGGAUUCGAAUCAUGACAUUGACCGUGGCAUGCUAGGCAGGCUAAAUCAACGGAAAAAGUAA